UAGUGAGUGUAUGUGAAAGAGACCGAAGCGAUGAGGUAACUGAUGGUCUGUAUCAUUACCUUGACAUCAGCUUUGGAGGCUUGAUAAUUUUUGAACAUCUUUAAUAACCCGGAGAGAUUAAGUCUUAUAUCAGCUGACGGAGAACUGACAGUCCUGCGCUUCAGACUGGAAGACCAGUACAGCACCAUGAAUUGUGAGAUUGAUGGAGAUAUGGAGAAUCAAGUUGAGCAAGAGGAAAAGACAAGACUCAUAAACCAAGUGUUGGAGCUUCAGCACACACUUGAAGAUCUCUCUGCGCGUGUGGACGCGGUGAAAGAGGAGAACCUUAAGCUCAAAUCGGAGAACCAGGUUCUCGGGCAGUACAUCGAGAACCUAAUGUCCGCCUCCAGCGUGUUUCAGACCACUGACGCCAAAAGCAAACGGAAAUAACGAGUGGAUCACGUCUACAUACUCCAUCAUCUCCUCUUUCCAGCAUUCAGACUCCUACAUAUAAGCCGCUGUUUUGUAUUUAUUUUGUUGUACAAUUUACUGAUGCAUCUCUCAGCAUGGUUUGGGUAAUACCAUGGACUGAGCUGCUGCCUCUCCGUGUCAGCUAACUGUGUUACAAGAUAUAAAAGGAUGCAUGAUGCAGUUUGUGAUCGGAUAAGUACAGAGCUGGUGUAAUACCACUCCUGUAUAAUUCAUUUAGCAGGUACGUAACCAAUCUCAAGACCGUCUCAUUGGCUUCACAACCUUUUUAAAUACUAGACAGCCAAAGUCUGGUUUUGAAGAGUUCU